AUGGGAAAUUGCGUUGGAAAGCAGGCAAAAAAUGAUGGACAUUUAUCACCGCCUUUUCACAACGGUGAUUUCUCUAAUUGUAUCGAUAUGCCUCUACCUCCAUCUCCUGUAAUGGAGGCUGCUAUCGUUGCCAAUUCAUCUCUAAGACGUAAUACUAUGGAAACUUCUAGGAAGACUUCUCUUUCUAUGCAACAAGUGCAAUGCCCUUUAGUAAAUGCAGGUCGAAUAAUUAAUCGUGGUAGUCCUCAGAUCCACUACCCUGGUUUUAAUAAUCAAAUACAUGACAACAACUCUGCUUCUUCUGGAUCAACACCUUCUAAACGACUUUCUUUUGUUGGUCAACAGUCUAUGAUUCAGCCCACUACUUCUCUUCCACCCUCACAACAUAACCACUUUCUUACCGGUGCUCACAUCGCUUUAGGAAAUAAUAAGUCAAAUUCUCUUCCUAGACAGCAACAGCCGUACAAUGGGUUUUCUCCUCAGCAGCAACAUAUGCCUUAUGGUCCUUUCCAUCAGCAACAAAUUCGAACAUCGAUUAUACAGAACGACGAUAAUUCAUUGGGCCUCCAUCAUCCUGUUCCCCGGAAGCACAUAGUCCAACAUCGACAAGUAGUCGCUCAGCCUCCUUCCAGCCAACCCAGUCAGAAUGUUUCUGGAUGUGCUGCUUUUCAAAGGAUGAGUAAUGGAAAUCCACCACAGGAAGUUCAUCUUAAUAAUUGUUCCAGUACCGGCACACACUUUAUCACGGAUAACAUUCGUAUUCAUAAUAGUUCAACAGAUUCUCAGCAGUCCCGUUCUGGUGAUUCUGUCCAACCUAAGCGUCUAUUAGCUAUAUUUGAAUAUCAGGCAAGGACAGAUGAAGAGCUUUCCCUGCGGAAGGGUGACGAGAUGGUCGUAUUAAAUGACAGGUAG